UCUUGGUCGUCACAGAUUCUGAGAUUGGAUAAGGUGACGAGUUUGCAAGACAGCCAGAUUGUGGAGACAUGGCUCGUUAGCUCCAACCAAACUCAGGACGAGCCAACAGGAGCUGUCAUCCGAACGUCAGCGGUCCGGCAUGCGCUGCCGAUUCGGCACCGGACGCCGGGACGGGCAGACCAGCCCGCACGGAGUACGGAGGCAAACCCCGGUCACUCGGUUCUGUCGAUUUCUCAGUGCUGCGCCAUGCGCCUACGCGCCAGGGGAGCCACGGCGUUUGUUGCUUGUGGUUCUCUAUGUCCGCUUUGACUAAGAGCAUCAUCCAUUCUUCCCACUGUUUCAAUGUCGGCUUGCUCACAAACAGAACCCAUGUCCCGGAACACUACGGAGGCGGCUGAGGACUUUCGAAGUUUCGGGGGUGUCUGCGCCUAGCGUCGCUUCAGACCGCAUCAUGUGGUCAUGGGUGUACUUAUACCCGGCGUUGGUGUUCGGUCUUUCUAUGGUGCUCUUGGCCGCUUCUGAUCUGACCGUGUCAGCGGACGUCAUUGGACAGUAAGCCAGCCACUUUAGCUCGUCUUGGGCCAAAGAUAUCGGCACAACUUCCACCUUCCCGAAGUGCAAAGUAGUCCUGAAGUGUGGCCGAUGGAGAAGCGAUGCGCUGCGGGCCGCGCUUCUGGGGAACACUAGCUGGGGUGGGUGCAAAGAAUUUCAACACCCGUCUGCCCUUCUCUUCCAGUCGCUGGUCUUCUUUAUAUUUAACUGAACAUCUUUUCCAUUUGUCUGGAGCUGUACAAGUGUAAUUACAACUCCUUCUCUUACUUGUACAAAACCAUCUGUCGUCCGGCUCUGUACUGCGUCGUAAUCCUAUCUGCACCAAGGUCGGAUAAGUCUGGCAUGCUCAGACACAAACGUUGAACUUUUCCGUAACAGUGAAACUGGAAGGGCAAUGACGGAGACGAACAACACAGCUCAAAACGAGUCUCGCCAUGGUGACCCGUCAACAAGCCCGCGGCGCACAACGUUGAGACAGGAGGUCGAGAAAGCCAUCUCUGCGCCGGCGGAAAAGGAAGUACGAGAGAAACAGUUGGAUUCCUCGCAGCAUUCCAUCUGCUCGGACGACACCGAUAGCAGUUCCGGACACGGCGAGCGCGCCCACCAGAGCUUGAGGAGCGCCAGAUCACAAUCUCUGUCGAGGACGAUAUCCGAAGUCAGAGACGGCAUCGAGAACAGGCGAGAUCUGGAACUCGGUCCUCCUUCGGACUUGGAAAAGACACCAACUACCCGAACCCCACAGGAUCCGAACUUGGUGACAUGGGAUGGCCCAAACGACCCUGGAAACCCGAAGCAGUGGUCCAUGAAAAGGAAGUGGGCAGCAGUCUUCUGCAUAUCUUGCUUCACCCUCCUCUCGCCAGUUUCUUCGUCCAUGGUUGCCCCCGCGCUGGAGGCCAUCGGCGAUGAAUUCAACAUCGCCAGCUCCUUCGAGCAAGCUCUUGUCCUCUCCAUCUUCGUUCUCGCCUAUGCCAUCGGCCCCUUGGCCUGGGGUCCCCUUUCAGAGCUGUAUGGACGCGUCAUCGUCCUCCAGCUGACGAACCUCUUCUAUAUGUUCUUCAAUCUCGGAUGCGGUCUCGCCCGCACAAAGAGUCAGAUCAUCGCGUUCCGCUUCUUCGCCGGCCUCGGCGGCUCCGCGCCCCUUGCCAUCGGCGGCGGCGUCCUUGGAGACCUCUUUGAAGCCGAGCAGCGCGGCAAGGCCAUCUCGAUUUAUAGUCUCAUGCCGCUCCUGGGCCCGGCGAUUGGCCCCAUCGCCGGCGGCUUCAUCACGCAAAACACAACGUGGCGCUGGAUUUUCUACAGCACCACCAUCCUCACAGCCGUCAUCCAGUUCAUCGGCUUCUUCGUCCUCCAGGAGACCUUCGCGCCCGUCCUCCUCGCCCGGCGGAAGAAGUGCCUCAUCAAGGAGACGGGCAACAACGCCCUGCACACCGACUUUGACCACCCGGACCGCACCUUCGCCCGCACCCUCGGCAUCGCACUCACCCGUCCCUUUCGCCUGCUCGGCACCCAGCCGCUGGUCCAGUUCCUGGCGCUGUACAUGAUGUAUCUGUAUGGCCUCAUGUACCUCGUACUCUCGACCUUUCCCGCACUCUGGACGGGCGAGUACGGCCAGUCCGUGGGGAUCGGCGGGCUGAACUACAUCUCCCUGGGUCUCGGCUUCUUCAUCGGCGCCCAGACGUGCGCGCCGCUGCAGGAUCGCAUAUACGCCGCUUUAAAGCGCCGGUACGCCCCCGACGGCGGGCCCGGACGCCCCGAGUUCCGCGUGCCGAUGAUGCUUCCCGGCGCUCUGCUGGUCCCGAUAGGACUGGUGAUCUACGGCUGGACGGCGCAGCACCACGCGCACUGGAUCGCGCCCAACAUCGGCGCCGUGAUCUUUAGCGCGGGCGUCAUCAUCGGAUUCCAGUGCAUCCAGGGGUUCCUGGUAGACACGUACACCAAGUACGCCGCGAGCGCGGUGGCGGCGACGACGGUGCUGAGGAGUCUGGCCGGGUUCGGGUUCCCGCUCUUCGCGCCAAGCAUGUACCAGAGACUGGAGUACGGCUGGGGCAACACGUUGCUCGCGUUUCUGGGCAUCGCGAUUGGGUGGCCUGGCCCGUUUUUGCUGUGGAAGUUUGGGCCGGGGUUGAGGAAGAAGAGUCAGUUUGCUGCUGGUUGAACGCCGGCACCUGUACAAACAACCCCAUGAGGGAAUUGAAGCAGAAGUAUGAAGUCUUACGUGGUUGAAUGGAGCGAGUAACUUUAGAGGUGCAUGGGUGUUUAGCAUUGGUCGCAGCAGCAAGCAAGUCAUGUCUACUUCAAGCACUACUUUCAAACGGCCCUUCGCCUUUACAGUGCUACAUAAUAUGGGCUUCGUCUCCGCAAACAUAGGCCUGGCAAGACAGUGUAGUUAAUCAUUUCUAUUCAAAUCGAACCGAUCAAGUAAGGCCAGUGGAGCAAGCUAGCAUUGGAGUAUGGCAUCACCAAAAACAUCAUGGCGAGUAUAAUUAUGUUGA